ACCAAAAGAGCCAAGUAAUAAAAAACUAUUAAUAUUAUAUAGCGCAUUAUUUCUUCGGCAAAGUUUUAACCAAAAUAAACUGAAUUUAACUAAAAUUUAUAAAGCAACAACCCCUUAAAAUAACAAUCCAAAUUCAAGGCACCAGAUCUUCAUCUGCAACUUUUGCCAUUCACAACGCAGAUAAUAACAAAACACCACGCGGAAAUCUUGGAGUAAACAAUGGAAGUAACUAAAAAGUCAAAGAAAUCAAAGAAAGCCAAGAAGUCAAAGGCUCCUAAGGACUCGUCCGCUUCGAUUAAAUUGACGGCCCUGCAUCGCAAGCAAAAGGAAGUUGCCCGCGUGCUUAUUCUCAAACAGGAAAUAUUAAUGAGAUCUGGAGUGUCCUACCUGGAAUAUCAGGAGAUUCGUGCAGAAAUCGAAAGACUCAAUAGUUUAAAGGAGACAUUUUCGCGUCGUGUGGAAAAAUUGAAACAACAAGACAAGUAGUUUAGAGUCGUUUUGAUUCAUGUCAUCAUAAUCAUAGUCUGAACAUUUGUAGCUUAAAACUUUCUGUUACUGACUUAAUUAACAAUAACAAAUGCCUUUACGUAUAUAGGAUCAUAAGGCGUUUAACAUAAAAUCUAGGUAACUUUUUACAUUAUACUUCAUCGAAAGAAAAA